UACUUCCAUAGGGGCGCAGCUUUCAGCUUUUUGCCUCUCCCUCUUUUUUAUUUUUUUAUUUUUUUAUUUUCUGGGAAUUUCCCCGGAUAUUUUAUCGGGAAUCGGGAGAUGUGGCGGAAAGGUUUACGUUGUACUAAACCUGACCGAGUAAAGUUCCCUGGAAGAGUUCUGCGCGCGUGCACAAGCCGGGCGAAAUUCCCUCUCAACUUUUUGGCUCCUACCGGUAGCAACUGAACUCAGGAAAACGAGGAAUCUUGUGCUUGAACCAACUACCAGCUAACUUUGUGCUGGCAUCUGAUUUGGGAAAGCUUUGCCAGUCUCUUAUCUAGUGUUGCAGCAGGUAGCAGGUACUGAACGUGCUUAGUAAAAAGUCAGCCUUGGACGGUUAACUUGGAGAACUUGGUGGAAUCUACUGGGAAUAUUUGCUGUCUGGAUUCGUGCGCGUAGCGGUGAAUUAAUACAGCUAAAAAGAUGAAAAAUGUUGAAGCUAACGGGAAUGCAAAGUUUGGGGGGGGGGAGCAAAAUAACUCCAACCACGCAAUUUACCGCUCCUGUCUGAUGCAGAUACUAUCAGCGUAGAAUACAAGCCACGGAAUAGACACGUUCUGGUCUUCAGCCAGAAUGAAUGGCCCAGAGGUGUCUUGUGAGAUGUUUCCAUUGAUUGAAAGUUACACGUGAAUAUUUGAUGAAACUCGGAAGGCAGCAGCCUCUCUCCUCUCCAUCCCCCCCCCCCAGGAUCUGAAAACAGGCGCAGUUUUAGAAGAGAUGUUGAAAGAACAUGAGUUAAAACCAGACCGUUUUGGAGAAUCCAAAGAUCAGGACUUUUAUUUCUGCUGUAAUUUCUGCAAAGGGUCCUGGUUUCUGAGGUUAUCCAAGAGGAGAUACGGGCCAUAGGAAUUGCAAACCUCAGAUAUAGCAGGAGGGACAGCAAGUGGCUGUCAUUCUACACCACCUCUCUCCAGCCGCUUGGAAACCUGCAGUCCAGACUGGAACCAUGGACUCUGCCAGGGCCCCCCACAUGAAGGUCCGGAGCGAUGUCAGUGACUACCUCAACUAUGACAUCAUCAACAGGCAUUACAACUACACCGGGAAGCUCAAUGACAAUGCCGAAAGUGGGAUCAAAGCAACAUCGGUGGUCUUCAUCAUUAUCUGCUGUUUUAUCAUCCUCGAGAACAUCUUUGUUCUGCUGACUAUUUGGAAAACCAAGAAAUUCCACAGACCCAUGUACUAUUUUAUUGGUAACUUGGCACUCUCAGAUUUGCUGGCAGGAGUGGCAUACAUCGCUAACAUCCUUCUGUCCGGCUCCACGACUUACACCCUCACCCCUGCCCAGUGGUUUCUUAGAGAAGGAAGCAUGUUUGUGGCUUUGUCUGCUUCGGUCUUCAGCCUGCUGGCUAUUGCGAUUGAGCGAUAUAUUACCAUGUUGAAGAUGAAGCUCCAUAAUGGCAGCAAUAGUUUUCGUUCCUUCCUGCUCAUCAGCGCCUGUUGGGUCAUCUCUGUGAUAUUAGGGGGUCUCCCUAUUAUGGGGUGGAACUGCAUUGGCUCCCUGGAGAACUGCUCCACAGUGUUGCCUCUUUAUCAUAAGCAUUAUAUCCUCUUUUGCACCAGUAUAUUUACUGGCCUCUUAUUGGCCGUUGUGAUCCUUUACUGUAGGAUCUACAUCUUGGUAAGGACAAGGAGCCGUAGGCUGACCUUUCGGAAGAAUGUGGCCAAAGCAACCCGGAGCUCAGAAAAGUCACUGGCUCUGCUGAAGACAGUGAUUAUUGUUUUAAGUGUGUUCAUUGUCUGCUGGACUCCCUUGUUCAUUCUUCUGUUGCUGGAUGUGAGGUGCAAAGUCAAGGCUUGUCCAAUCCUCUUCAAGGCUGAAUAUUUCUUAGUACUAGCAGUUGUGAACUCAGCCACCAAUCCAAUCAUCUACACACUUACCAACAAGGAGAUGCGGAGGGCCUUUCUCAAGAUUGUACGGUGCUGUACGUGUCCCACCACAGACUCUGGGACCAAAGUCAAGAGACCCAUCAUUGGAGGGAUAGAAUUCAGCCGAAGUAAAUCUGACAAUUCCUCCCAUCCUCAGAAAGAUGAGGGGGAUCCUCCAGAAACAAUCGUGUCCUCCGGUAAUGUCACCUCUUCGUCUUAGGAGCUUUGGCAAAAUGGAGGCCUGAGCCCCUUGAAGGCUGACACCUGGGGGAUAGCUCUGCUUGCAUGUCUCCAGACGGAAGGAGGAGAGUGAGAACGAGUUGGUCUGAAGGGGAAAUAGAGUAUUGAUUGGGUGCAGCUGAUAGCAUACGACACAUGGUAUCAUUUGAAAAUAUUUCUUCUCUCGGAGAAUGUUGUGUGAUGGUUUGCCCUGAGGCAGCUUAGGGUUCUAAGGAAUACUUAAGCUCUAUACAUCUCUGAAAAGUGGACACUUGGAUAAGCAGUGCCUUUGAAUGGGAGUAUGAAUGGGGAAGGAGAGAAAUAUCUUCAAUUCCCCCCCCCCCAGGCAAAACUUCUGAACCCCUGAAACAAAGUUCUUGCUGUAUUGGAUUGACAGUCUUCUUCAAUUAACUCCCUUGUCAAGGGAAGGAAAUGUGCUAGUAUAUUCUGAGUAUUAGAAACAGAAUCAGGGUGGGAUCUUAAGUCAAGAGUUGUUCGGAUGCAUGUAUCCCUUUGGCACUUAAUCAUCAGUGGAAAGUCAAUGGGAAUUAGGUGCUGGAGACUGCUGUGGGUUAUCCUGGUUGUAGUUGACUCCUCAAGAUAUUAGUGAGACUGUGAUAUGUGUGAAUUAGACUGGGGCUGUUUGAACUUAAUAGAUGUUUCAUUUGAACCUUUAAAAAAAAAAAGCUGAUAUGCUGCUUUCAGUAAGGAGUUGCAUUUUAAAAACUUUUAACAGCAGCUUUGUAUAAACAGUUUUAACCAUCAGCCAUGUCCCAUUUCUGCUCAUGGUAAACUUAAGGAUGUUAAGAACGGCUCUGCUGGAGGCCUUAAUUUCCUUCCAGUAAAUUUUGCAUGAUCUCCCUUAUCUUAGUGUAGGAUACAUAUUUUUCCUUAUUCUUUUUGUCCCCACAUUGAUCAAACAGCUGUGCCCGGGGUGCUUGCAAGCAGGAGAUGGAACCAUAUCCUUCUACUACUGUUGGUCUGCAACUACUAUUUGGAGAUAGGCUGUUCUAACCUAUAACUCUUCAAAAUUAAUAGCUCUUGAUAGAAUGAUUCUCCAUGAAUUUAUCCAUUGCUUUUUUAAAGCCACUAGAGUUAAUGGCCAUUGCUCUGUCUUGUGGUAAUGAAUACAACCAGGUUAAUUAUGUGCUGUGUGACAAAAUGCUUUCUUUUGUUUUUCCUCUCUUUGCACUCAACUUCUUAGAAUGAUUUUUCUGAAUCCUAAUGUUCUUUGUGAAGGAUACACAUUUUCCCUGUUUUCUUUCUACACAGCAUAUGAGAUUUCCUAUUUUCUUUUGCUAUGUAAAUUGUUCAUUCGUGGUGGCGCAAUGGUUAGAAAGCAAUAUUGCAGGUUAACUCUACCCACUGCUAGAAGUUUGAUCCUGACUGGCUCAAGGUUGACUCAGCCUUUCAUCCUUCUGAGGUCAGUAAAAUGAGGACCCAAAGUGUUGGGGGCAAGAUGCUAACAUUGUAUACUGCUUAGAGAGUGUCGUAAAGCACUAUGAAGCAGAAUAUAAGUCUAAGUGCUAUUGCUAUUCAUUUCUCAUAAUCAUCUAAGGAAUCAUCCUACAGUUUUUCCAGUUGUGUUACAUCUUUUUUGAAAUGCACCCAGAGGUUUGCACUGCAUUAUAAAUAUGGAUGAACCCUAGAUUUGUGUAAGGACAUUACAAUUUGAUGGUUUUAUUUUAAUCCAUAGCACAGACUAUUUUCUUUCUCACAGUUGCCACACACUUGGUUAGCAACUUUAUUAGUUGUCUGUUGUGACCAUACUUUUUGGUGGGUUGGAGAUAUAAAUAUAUACUUUAUUGAAGGGGGGUGGGUUUACCUCAAUGUGCAACAUUUUAUGUAUUGAUUUCUGAGAUAUAGUUUGGGCUGAAAGAUGAAUCACAGAUCUUAAGACUUUUAAGAAUGAACAAAGAAAUAAGAUUGGGCCAUUCUGCAACUUCAGCCAAAUGUCCACACUUAAAAUCCUUGUGUAACCAUUGUGCGUCCAUUCAUUUUAAAUGUUGUCCAUUGACUGCAAAUCCAUGUCCAUCCAUGGAAAGUAUUAUUUGUGUUAAAUGAAUGUAUUUUAUUACAGCAUUAAUUGCUAUUUUGUAUUUGUGUGUGUGUGUAUUUUAAUUUGAGAAUAUAAAAUGUAGAGAUGCUAAUAAGCAUAGAUGCUAUUUUAUAUCUUGACUGGUUGUUUUCAAUUUUAUGAGAAAUUCAUGCUUCAUCCCAACCUGAAGGGAGAGUCCAUAUAUUAAUUAUUUGGGACAUACAUUUGUCUUUUCCACUUAAGAUCAAUCAGUUGCAAAGGAGGAUAUUGAGGAUUUGUGUACUUAUAAUAGUUGUGUGAAAGAAGGAAUUUCUAAAGAUGCUGCUUAACAUAAAGUCAAUGAGUGAGUGUCUUUGUGUAUGUAUGAGUGAGGUAUCUCCUAAAAUCAUCAGAGUUCAGUGGAAGAGUCCUAUGUUUUGCAUUUGGCAGGAUCCAAAGUUUAAAUAAAAAAAUGAAAAUGGCAGCAGUGACUCCACUGUUGUGGCUGUUAAUCCAUCAAUUAUUGAGCUAAUCAUAUGCAAAGUAGCUGCCACCAACAGAUUAAUGUACAAGUAUUGGCUGAAUUCACAGAUGGAUGUUAGAAACAAGGUUAUUGGCCCUUUUAGCAUUAUUUUCCGUGCAAUUUGUUUUAAAACAUAUGUAAAAUGUUUCUGACUUGGUUGUACAAUAUAGCUUCAUUGACCUUUAAGUAUUAAUAAACUGGGAUUUUGUAUAAACUGUA